UGUUAGACAAAUAUAGAAUUAGUCUUCGUUUCCAACAUCCUGAAUUAAAUUAUUAUAUAGCUAUAGUUGAAGACAUGGAUGUUAGAAUGUUGAUAAACGUAAUCAAAUGUAGUGGAGGAAGGGCUGUGAAAGUGUUUGUGGUGGUUGAUGAAGUUGAGGAGGUUAAUGGGGGUGGUGAAAUUGGAAACCAGCUUGUUGGUAAUUUAUGCAGUUAUAAAGGGAGCAACGAUCCGAUAGAUAUAACCGAGCUACAAAGCAAUUCCGAUAGAGAUGAGUUGGGUGAUGAAGUUAAAGCUAAGUUUCCCGAUAACCUUUUUCACGGUAUGCCCCCUGUACCAGCAUGGCCAGUUAAUAUUAAUGAAGAUAUCCCAACACAGAUGGUAGACAUGAAUCUUCAAAAGAUUCAAUGUGAGAGUAUAUUUAAGAACAAAGAACUUUUAAAGCGGUGUAUUGGUAAAAAAUGUCUUCGAGAAGGUUUCCAGACGAGGACAAGUAGAUCCACCAAAUCAAAGUAUGAAGCUGUAGACUUCGAAUAUGAGGAAGUUUGGAAGGUUGUUAAAGAUAAACAGUAUUUCAUGUAG